AUGGACUUGGCAGGAGUUCUCUUGGCUUUUUUCCUGGUGCUGGUGCUCGUUAUUUCUCUGCUGUCCAACCUGCUGGUGCUGCUAUGCUUCAUCUACAGUACCGAGCUCCGCAAGCAAGUCCCCGGGGUCUUCCUGGUGAACUUGUCCUUCUGCAACCUGCUCCUGACAGUCUUAAACAUGCCCUUCACUUUGCUGGGGAUCCUGAGAAACCAGCCGCCCGUCGGUGACUGCAUCUGCAAAGCGGUGGGCUUCCUAGAAACUUUCCUCACCUCCAACACCAUGCUGAGCAUGGCAGCCCUCAGCAUAGACAAGUGGAUUGCCGUGGUGUUCCCCUUGAGUUACACCAGCAAGAUGCGGUACAAAGACGCCGUGAUUCUGAUGAGCUAUUCCUGGAUUCAUUCCUUGACCUUCCCUUUGGUCUCCUUGUUUUUCUCUUGGGUAGAUUAUAGCAACGUGUAUGCCUCCUGCACCUUGCACCUGGGAGAAGAGACGGAGAGGAGGAGGUUUACCGUGUUCACCAUCGUGUUUCACGCCACCAGUUUCAUGCUGUCCCUGGUGAUACUGUGUUUCACCUACUUAAAGGUGUUUAAAGUGGCCAGGUUCCACUGCAAAAGGAUAGACAUUAUUACAAUGCAAACGCUGGUUUUGCUGGUAGAUAUCCAUCCCAGCGUCAAACAGCGUUGUCUUAAUGAGCAGAAAAGGAGGCGGCAGCGGGCUACUAAGAAAAUCAGUAUUUUUAUAGGGUCUUUCGUGAUCUGCUUUGCUCCUUACAUUAUCACCAGGUUGAUAGAACUUCUUCCUUUUGUUACCAUAAACUACUACUGGGGGAUUGUAAGCAAGUGCCUCACCUACAGUAAGGCUGCAUCAGAUCCAUUUGUUUAUUCGCUUUUACGUCAACAGUACAAGAAAGUCAUGAUCAACAUUGUCAAUAGGAUACUUAAAAGGGAUCUGUAUCCUUCAUCUGGCUACAACAGCUCUCUAGACACUGAAAAUGAUUAUUGCUUACACAGAACAUGCUAA